AGCCAUUUUGGCUCAAGUGCCAUUGGUUCAAGUGGCCCAGGCAAGAGGGUCUGCCGUGCAGCCCAUACCUUUUGAUCAACGAAGCCCAUGGCGCGCCUCACCCUCGCCAUCACAGCGACCCUCGCCCUGUCCGCCUCCGCCGCCGUGCGCGCGAACGCGACCAUAGACAUCAACCAGAUGGUGACGAUCGACGGCACGCAGGUCUUCUCGCAGGGGUCUGGCCACGACAGCCUGAAUCAGUGCGCCCAGUUCGCCAGAGCCGCGGUCAACGACCCGGCCAGGCCCAGCAUCGAGGUCUGCGGCACCUCGACCAAGGUCACCGUCUUCCUGCGCAACAGGUGCAAGGGCUACCACCACUACACCGAAGAGAUCGGGACCUGCAACGCCGGCGCGCCCUCCACGUCGUGCGUGACGGUCAGCCCCGCCACCGUCGGUUGGUUGCAGACGGCGCAGAGCUACAUGAUCACCCAGUGCUGAGCGGGCAGGCGAUCACCGCCACCCUGGUCUUGCUCGCCGGCGGGGGAAAGCAGCAAGUCCUCCUCGUGCCGUCCCCGUCUCCUCCCCGGGCGGGGCCAGGACGGGGACACGUCCGCUCCACAGCGAGAACGCUCUGCGAGGGCCGUGGCGCACGGUACGUUCCCACCGGGGCCGCCGGAUCUCAGA